CUUUGUUUGCAUGCGUGCGUGCGUGCAGACAGGAACGUGCACGUGGUGGUGAACACCAAUGACCCCGACUAUGAGCACGUGUUCGUGGUGGAGAAGCUCUCCGAUGAUCAGCCACAGCAGCAGCAGGCGCAGGAUGGACAUGCGAAGGCUGCGGUGGCCUCCUCGCGCGAGCGUUUGGCGCGGAUGGCGGGCCACAAGAGGCCCACCACAUUUCCAGCGGGGCCACCGGGAGCCUCCGGGGUCGCAGAGAAAGAGGAGGGGCCGGCGAGCGUCCCCUGGGACGGGGCGACAUGGAGCCACAUCCAGGCACCUGGCGAGUCGGAGGAGCGCAGCGAGGGCCUCGGGGAGGCUCCCAAGAGAGAGAGCUCGGAUCCUCGAAGCCGCGAGCGGCGGCACAUAACAGAUGUGCAAGAGCCGGACGGCCGAUGUCGGCUGGACCUGGACGAGGGAGACUGCUCGCACCUCGCUCUGCGCUGGUACUACCGCCGCGCCAGCCACGACUGCCGCCUCUUUGUCUACACGGGCUGCGGCGGCAACGGCAACCGCUUCGAGAGCCGCGCCGAGUGCCAGGCGAAGUGUCGGCCACAGGCCGACCCCAGCAGAUGACUCUCGGCCCACCGAGGUGGAUCCGAGAACCGAGACUUGAAACGUAAUGCACACGCGGGCACGCUGCCGGAACCCGGAGCCCGGUAACUCCGACGUGACGGUGCCGGCCACCCAUCCGCCUGUCCUCUGUACCCCGCUGCCACCGCCAUCGCCACCACCGCUGCCAACUCGCCCGCUAAGAUUUUACCAAAAUCCCCCGUCCGCUCAAUGACGCUCACCACCAGACCGCGGCAUCUGGCUCCAGCCUCCCGGAACUCCGUCCGUCCAUCCGUCGUGGAAUUCCAUCCGUGGUCGUCAGCUCCGAGUGUGGAGGUCGACGGUCAACGUGCGUCGGCACUGCCUCUCGGCGCAAACUCUCCCCGAUGUUCCCCCUGCCCAGCCGAUGUCAUCCCAAUGCGACAUCCAUCUCUCGUCUUCCUCUCGCCCUCGCGCCUUCCAUUUGCCCAAGGAGGAGGCCGCGGCAGUUGGGCUGCCUGCGAGCCUCGCGCUGCAAAUCCGCAGUUUGCGGUCCUCUUCCUCCGCCUGAUUACAUCCACCGGGAUUAAAGGCCGAGUACUGGACACAAAUCCGGGGGUGAACAGAUCCCCUAGCUCAGGGCGACACACGGGUUCCACAUUCACGCAACACUGAAGGCUAGUUCAGAGCGCGCUUUGGUUGGCGCGUAUACGUGUGAGUGGGGGAUUGUGUCUGCGUGUCUCUUUGGCGUCAUUCCAGGAGGUGGUGUGGGUAUAUGCGUGCUCGUGCGCGCUUGUGCUGGUGUAUCCGUGUGCGAGUGUAUGUUCUCCUACGUAGGUGUGUGUGUCUGUGUGUUUGAGUGUGGGGAGCAGUAGGGUAGCAGUGAAUGCGCUGCGCUACAAACCGGGCAACCCGAGUUCGAUGCUGCUCACGGCAAACACCAGUGACGAUUAUCUGAACUGGUCCUGGGCCUCCCCUAGGUCGACUCAAAUGAGUACCUGGUGCGGUGUGUAAACAUCGACACUGGUGAGACGAAGGCGGCCGGGCGUGGUGCUGGCCACCCACCCCCUCGUGUGCCUUGCCGGCCUUUGUAGGUGCUCCCUUAACAGCACUUGCCCCAACAGUCUGUUAAGGCUACACGGAGGGGGGGGGCUUUAACUGUGUGUGUUUGACUGUGCCUGUGCGUGCACGCUCGUUUGCGCGCGAUUUCCCUGUGCUGGUCUCACGGGAGAGACCGUCAAUCUCUCUCGUUGUCGCGUGAACCGCAUUUGGUGCCUGGAACAACAACAAGUGUUCGCUGACACUCAACACCUGAAGUCCUCGUUUGUUUAUUUGUUUAAAUGGUGCUAAACAACUCAAUAGGGGGGAAGGGGGGGGGGCAUUGCAGAGGGGAAGGGGGAUCUGUGUUUCAAUUCAGGUGCUCCUGGUGUUCUUGAACACAUUCCACAAAGAUUAGGAAGGGGGUUCUGUUACCCUCGAAGUCGUUAUGUAAGGGGCGCAUGUAUUUGCUAUUCAGAUAUAUUUUUUUAGCGGCCUUAUAGCCCGACUAUUAAGGGCGGCGGCGAGUGUGAAUGCCUUCGCGACCUCAGACUAUCUUCCGUAUGUUUACAUAACUUCAAGAGGGUACUUAUAUUUAAUAAAUAAACACAUACGUGCGU